UUGUAGCAAAUGUACGUUAUAUAAAGUAGCGUGACUUGUUAGUACAGCAUUGUUCGUCGCGAUGAUCUGGUGGGUGCUGAUACCUUUGUUAUGGUUCUUAACGUUCCGGUAUCGUCGGAGGAGGAUGUAUGAACUGGCGUCGCGGGUUCCGGGCGUCAGCGAGCUACCUCUCAUAGGGGCGGCCCAUAAGUUCAUGGGAAACACAGAGGAUAUCAUGUCUACACUAAAAGAACUGAGCUACUUUGCCAUUGAAAAUGGCGGUUUAAUGAAAGCCUGGUUGGGCCCCAUACUUUAUUUUUUGUCCGUGGACCCCGCGGACCUGGAGGUGGUGAUGCGCACGUGCAUGGAGAAGGAUGACCUGCACCGCUUCACGAGGCCGGUCAUCGGCUUUGGGGCUAUAUUUGCUCCAGUUUCAAUCUGGAGGCCAAGGCGAAAGAUACUGCAGCCAGCAUUCAAACCGAAGAUAGUUGAGAGCUUCGUCCCCGUGUUUGCAGAGCAGAGCAUGAAGCUGGCUCGCAAGCUGGGCGAGGCUGGAGGCCGCAAGAUCAAGCUGCGGCCUUACAUCAGCUCCUACACCUUGGACUCCACUGGUGAGACCACACUCGGCGUGAAGAUAGACAGCCAGGAUGACUCCGUGUCCCCGUUCCUCGUGGAGCUGGGCCGAGUGACCCGGGUGCUUGCGGAGCGCAUCUUCCGCCUUUGGCUGCAUCCGGAGUGGCUGUUCCGGUGCUCCCCGCAGUACCGCCAGCAGCGGACCAGCUGCGAAGUCUUGCAUGGGUUCACUGAUCACGUGAUAAUGAAGAAACGCGAAGAAUUAAAAGCUGAACAAAAAAGUCCUAACGCGAAUCGAACUAUUGACUUAUCAGACUACGAUUCCAAAUCUUUCCUCGAGCUGCUGAUCCACUUCUCGGGCAGCGAGGGUGGGUACAGCGAUGAGGAGCUGCGGGAAGAAAUCCUGACGCUGAUCAUCGGGAGCACCGACUCCACCGCUUCUACCAUAGGAUAUGCACUCGACCUUCUGGCCAAGUAUCCACAUGUACAAGACAAGGUUCACGCAGAACUGGACGAAGUGUUCGGAGACUCGGACCGUCUUCUUCAAAAAGAGGACCUGAUGCGGCUGAAGUACCUGGACUGUGUCAUCAAGGAGACGCUCCGGCUGUUCCCGCCAGCACCCUUCCUCAUCAGGAAGGUCGAGGAGGAAGUGACCUUGCCAUCAGGGAACGUGCUGCCCGCGGGUAGUGGUAUAGCGGCAUCCGUGUGGGGCACACAACGGAACCCCAAGUACUGGGGCCCCGAUGCGGCCGCGUUCGACCCGGACCGCUUCCUGCCGGAGCGGGCCGCGCUGAGGCACCCCUGCGCGUUCAUGGCGUUCAGCACCGGCCCGAGGAAUUGCAUCGGCUACCAGUAUGCCCUGAUGUCUAUAAAGUCGGCGUUGUCGUCGGUGCUGCGCUUCCACUGCGUGAGGGGGAGGGUGGAGGGGGGUAACAAGCCGCACAUCCGAGUCAAGAUCGACGUCAUGAUGAAGGCGGUUAACGGACACGAGCUUACUCUUGAGAAGAGAAUGAAUCGAGGCGCGCAACAACAGGACUUAUGAAUCAUUGGGAACGCAGACAGAUGUUUGCAAGUUUAAAGCCAUCUAGCGGUGAUCCAGGGAGUUUUCAAUCCUGCAGGGUGGGGCGAGGCAAAAACAUACUAAUCGCUUUUGUGGUCGACAUAUACCUAUGCAAACCUAUGCAGCUCACGAUUUUAUAAAUUUUAUAAAGUGUGUGUUAUUAUGCAGGCUAUUCAAAAAUCGAUGAUAUAAUAGUAGUUUAUGCAACAGUGAUAUAAUAAGGGUUCUUAAAAUUCAAGGGUCGAAGUUACAAAACGAGACGUAGUCGAGUUUUGUAAAAAAAGACCCGAGAACUUUAAGAACCAAUUAUGAGCUGUUGCAUACAUUACUUUUUCUAUGACAGCUGCACCCGACACUUUUUUGUAGUUUCCAUGUAAUGAAAGUAUCAUAGCUCUUUUGGUAGGCUUUUUUUCGACUUUUCGGGUAACAAAUUGUCGGUCGCUAUUAGGGCCAAAGCCUUUAUUUCUUCUGGAGUACAGUUGUCACUCUCACUUCCACUCAUUUUAACUGUUUAAAGUCAAGUUAUUUGUACAUAGAAGGUUAUUUUCACAUUAAAUCCGGUUAAAAACGCAACAAUAAUCAGAUUUGCUAAACUUUUUCAAUUUCGAACACGGAACAAUCGGAACAUCAACUCAAUAGCAUAGACAAGAUACAAUAUAAGACAGUUCUCGAUUAGAGUCUGUGCGGAAAGAGAAGAGUCGUGGGAUUUGAGGGCGCGCCAGUGCUAUUUUAUGGUUUUUGCUAUGCUGACAACACUGGUCACGUGAUUAUAGUACGACACUAAAGGUCAUGAUACUUGAAUCCCUUUUGUUCCGGUUUUUUACCACGGCUUACUAAACGGAGCCUGGUGGUGGUGUCGGCUCGUCAACUCAAUCCUCUGAUUUAGCGCAGGCACUAGUUUUCUUUUUAAAACACACUUGUUUUUAUGUCUCAGAUACUAAAAAGUGACUGCGAUUGACAAAACUGCUAAAACUAGUUAAGAAUCUGCCCAAUACAACUGUAAUUUUAGUACCAAACAAGAUAGAGUCUCAUUUAUAUACUGCCUAAUCUGUGCAUUC